CAGCCCUGUCAACACAAACAUCUCUGUCCCUCUCAUCUCAUCCCUCUCUCUCUCUCCCUCUCCCUCUCUUUGAGGUCUCUCUCACCAUGCCUGAAGCACCAAAGAACGGAUUGAAACCCACAGAUUACUGUCUUGCAGAGAAGAACAAGAAAACCCUUCAAUUCAUUGAAGAUGUAACUUCAAACCCUGAUGAAGUUCAGAAAAGGGUUCUUGAAGAGAUCCUCUCUCGCAAUGCUCAUGUUGAGUAUUUACAGCGACAUGGACUCAAUGGUCACACAGACCGCGAGACUUUCAAGAAACUUGUCCCUGCAAUCACCUAUGAAGAUAUUCAAUCCGAUAUUGAUCGUAUUGCUAAUGGUGAUACCUCCCCAAUUAUAUGCUCAAAGCCCAUUUCAGAGUUCUUGACAAGUUCUGGGACAUCUGGUGGGGAGAGAAAAUUGAUGCCAACUGUUGAAGAAGAACUAGGGAGGAGGUCACUGCUGUAUAGCCUAUUAAUGCCUGUGAUGAGCCAAUUUGUGCCUGGUCUUGAGAAAGGCAAAGGAAUGUACUUUUUGUUCAUAAAAUCAGAGGCUAAGACACCUGGCGGUCUUGUUGCUCGCCCUGUUUUGACAAGCUAUUACAGAAGUUCACAUUUUAAGGAUAGGCCUUAUGACCCUUACACAAACUAUACUAGCCCAAAUGAAACCAUUCUCUGCCCUGAUUCUUACCAGAGCAUGUAUUCACAAAUGCUUUGUGGACUCUGCCAACACAAGGAAGUCCUUAGAGUUGGUGCUGUUUUCGCCUCCGGAUUCAUUCGGGCAAUCCGAUUUCUUGAGAAACAUUGGCCCCUCCUUUGCAAUGAUAUCAGAACUGGCACAAUUAACCCCCAAAUUUCGGAUCCAUCGGUCCGGGAAGCAGUGAUGAAAAUCCUCAAACCUGACCCUAAACUUGCAGAUUUUGUUGAGGCUGCGUGUGGUAAGGAUUCUUGGCAAGGGAUUAUCACAAAAUUGUGGCCUAAUACUAAAUAUAUUGAUGUUAUAGUGACUGGUACCAUGUCACAGUACAUCCCAACACUUGAUUACUACAGCAAUGGCCUUCCACUUGUGUGCACCAUGUAUGCUUCCUCUGAGUGCUACUUUGGAGUCAACCUUAAUCCUCUCUGUGACCCAAGUGAAGUCUCUUAUACCCUCAUACCCACCAUGGCCUAUUUUGAGUUCUUGCCAGUCAAUAGAAGCAAUGGAGUCACUAAUUCAAUUUCCAUGCCCAAAACUCUUAAUGAGAAGGAGCAACAAGAACUUGUUGAUCUGGCUGAGGUCAAGCUUGGACAGGAGUAUGAACUUGUUGUCACCACUUAUGCUGGGCUGUAUCGCUACAGAGUUGGUGAUGUGCUAAGAGUGGCUGGGUUCAAGAACAGGGCACCACAAUUCAACUUCAUAUGCAGGAAGAAUGUGGUUCUUAGCAUUGAUUCAGACAAGACUGAUGAGGUUGAGUUACAAAAUGCUGUCAAGAAUGCUGUGAACAAUUUGGUCCCAUUUGAUGCAACUUUAGCCGAGUACACUAGUUAUGCAGAUACCACCACAAUCCCAGGUCACUAUGUGCUAUUUUGGGAACUUACCCUCAAUGGGUUAACUCCAAUUCCACCAUCAGUCUUUGAGGAUUGUUGCUUGACAGUUGAAGAGUCACUGAACAGCGUGUAUCGACAAGGGCGGGUAUCGGACAAGUCGAUCGGGCCAUUAGAGAUCAAGAUUGUUGAGCCAGGGACAUUUGAUAAGCUCAUGGACUAUGCAAUCAGCUUAGGUGCAUCAAUAAACCAGUACAAGACACCAAGAUGUGUGAAAUUUGCACCCAUUGUUGAGCUCUUGAAUUCACGGUCUGUGUCAAGCUACUUUAGUCCAAAAUGUCCCAAGUGGGCUCCAGGCCACAAGCAAUGGAGCAACAAGAAGGAUUGAGAUUAAUAGCCAGUCCACCUCUUUGUCUGGUCUCCUUUUAAUUUCCACUUCUGUAGCUUCAAUGGGAGAUCACAAGAAGCAUUUUCUGUGAUCAUAUUAGGGAAGAAAAAAGGAAAAGGUUGAGUACUUUUUUUAGGUUUAACCAAUGUCUUUAUCAUUAUUUACUUGUUUUGAAAUCUUUUCUAGUCUGCAUAGACACUUUGAAUUAACCUUGUACAAAAACAGUUCCUGUUUCAAGGAAAUCUCUCUCUCUCUCU